GUUAACUUUGUGAGCGCUAAUUGCAUUUGUUUUUUCAGAUAUCUGUGAGCUUGUGAAUUUGUGAGAAAAUGGCUCCCAAGGCUGAGAAGAAACCUGCAGAGAAGAAGCCUGCCGAGGAGCGAAAGACAGUGGGGGAAAAGACUCCCACAGCCGUCGCUGAGAAGAAGCCUAAGGAGAAGGCCCCUUCAAAGGCCGCCAAGAAGGGUCCCAAGGCUUCUGGUGACAAGAAGAAGAGGAAGAAGAGAAGCGUGGAGACUUACAAGAUCUACAUUUUCAAGGUCCUCAAGCAGGUUCACCCUGAGAUCGGGAUCUCCAGCAAGGCUAUGUCCAUCAUGAACUCCUUCAUGAAUGACAUUUUUGAGAAAUUAGCAGGGGAGUCCUCAAAGCUGGUUAAAUACACCAAGAGGGAUACUCUUUCCUCUCGGGAGGUGCAGACUGCGGUUAAGUUGGCUCUUCCUGGGGAGCUUGCCAAGCAUGCAGUAUCCGAAGGGGUUUUAGGAGCCUCUGGAGUCAAGGGACCAAGCUUAUGGUGCUCGCCGUUCUGCCCUCAAACAGGGCUAACAACAAUUGAAAUGCCUGUAGGGAAAGGGAGAAAUAUCUCAGCUAUUUUCGAUUCGCGAAAAAAAUACUAUUUCCUAGUAUUAAAUAUGUAGGAAAUAUUUUAUCGAUUGUUGCAGGAAAUUGGUUCAUUGUACGGGAUUCUCUUUUGGAUUUCAAAAGCAAACGGUUUGGUUAGGGUUCGAUAGCAUUUGGUACUGAACGAGUUGCUAUGAAAAAUUUAUGUAUGUUAUAUUUGCAGAUAUUUAAUUUAUGGGAUAUUACUUGGCAGA